AUGGUCAGUGGGUACAUGCAGGGACUGCUGACCUUCAGGGAUGUGGCCAUAGAAUUCUCUCAGGAGGAGUGGGGAUGCCUGAAUCACAGUCAGAGGGAAAUGUACAUGGGUGUGAUGUUAGAGACCUAUGGACACCUCCUUUUCUUGGGUCUUGUUGUGUCAAAAACAGACCUGGUCAUUGUUUUGGAACAAGAGAAGGAGCUGUGGGGUGUGAAGAGAAAGGAGACAGUAGCCUUACACCCAGGUAGGUGGAAGUGA